CACUGCGCCCCCAAAAAUUAUGGACGUCGGUGGAAACGGUAGUGGGCUACCUGUAAACAAUAAGCAGAGAGCUAUGCUACCUAACAAAACCAGGGGCGAAUUUACCCGCAAUCAAAGAAAAGAUUCAGAGGGGCAGUCUGAGUCUCCAGAUCUGGAGUUUGAAUAUUCGGACACAGAUAAGUGGGCUGCAGAGCUGUCAGAGCUUUACAGUUAUACUGAAGGACCAGAGUUUGCUCUUAAUAGGAAGUGCUUUGAAGAGGAAUUCAGAGUUCAUGUGUCUGAUAAGAAGUGGACAGAGCUCGAUGAAGCUCAGCACAGAGCUCACGCUAUGCGCCUGUUGGACAGUCUUGAAGUCACUGCCCGGGAGAAGAGGCUGAAGGUUGCUAGAGCCAUUCUCUACAUGGCUCAGGGAACCUUUGCUGAGUGCAGCUCUGAGGUGGAGGUACAGCACUGGAUGAGAUACAACAUAUUUCUGCUGCUCGAUGUGGGGACCUUCUCUGCUCUGGUGGAACUGCUCAACAUGGAGAUUGAUAACAGUGCUGCCUGUAGCAGCGCUGUCAGGAAACCAGCCAUCUCCCUGGCUGACAGCACAGAUCUCAGGGUGCUGCUUAACAUCAUGUACAUGAUGGUGGAAACCAUCCAACAGGACGACCCAGCCGACAAGCCCGAAUGGAAAACCAUCAAGGAGACCUUCAGGACAGAACUGGGAUCUCCUCUCUUCAACAACGAGCCCAUUUCCGUUAUGCUCUUUGGUAUGGUUACCAAAUUCUGCAGCGGUCAUGCGCCUCACUUUCCCAUGAAGAAAGUUUUGUUGCUGUUGUGGAAGAGCAUACUGUUCACACUCGGAGGGUUUGAGCGGCUGCAGAGCAUAAAGGUCCGUAAGAGAGAGGAACUGGGUCUCCCUCCUCUCCCGGAGGACAGCAUCCGAGUCAUUCGCAGCAUGAGAGCAGCUUCUCCUCCUGCAUCUGCAUCUGACCUCAUUGAGCAGCAACAAAAGCGGGCACGUCGUGAACACAAGGCGCUGAUAAAACAGGAUAACCUUGAUGCAUUCAAUGAAAAGGAUCCUUACAAGGCGGAUGACUCACGAGAAGAUGAAGAUGACAACGAUGACAAUGAUAACUCUAUAGAAGCAGAAACUUUCCCUCUUGAGCGGGACGAGGUGAUGCCUCCACCUAUUCCUCAUCCUCCAUCGGAGAGGGUGUCCUUCCCAAAAGGUCUGCCGUGGGCUCCUAAAGUCAGGGAAAAAGAUAUUGAAAACUUCCUAGAAUCAAGUAGAAGUAAAUUCAUUGGUUACACUCUUGGAAGUGAUACAGAUACAGUGGUUGGAUUACCCAGGCCAAUUCACGAGAGCAUCAAGACCUUAAAGCAGCACAAGUAUGUCUCUAUAGCUGAACUACAGAUCACAAAGGAGGAGGAAUUUCAGAAAACCCCUCUUUCUGGCGGGGAAGAGGAAGUGGAGACGUGUGCCACCGAGCUGCUUUACCAGGGGAUUCUGCCCAGUUUGCCUCAAUACAUGAUUGCUCUGCUGAAGAUCCUGCUCGCUGCUGCUCCGACAUCCAAAGCUAAAACCGACUCCAUUAACAUCCUGGCAGACGUGCUGCCGGAGGAGAUGCCGACCACAGUGCUGCAAAGCAUGAAACUUGGUGUUGAUGUGAAUCGGCACAAAGAGAUCAUUGUGAAAGCCAUCUCUGCAAUUCUGCUGCUUCUCCUGAAACACUUCAAACUCAACCACAUCUACCAGGUGCGCACGCCACAGGCCUGUUUAACGUUGCACAUUGUUAUUAUUCCAGUUUAAAUUAUAAUUUUGAAUCACAUCAAAUUUCAAACCAUGGUAAUAGAGAUAAAACAGAUUCACUCCCCUUCACGCUGCAGCAGGUUUAGUUUAACUUACGUUUAUUUAUUUACAGCCUUGAUUCAAAAAAAGUGACCAAAAAUUAUUUGCACGUCUCUUAAACUAAAUUCUGUCCACUGUAGAACACAGAAAACAUAUCAAAUGUUUAAACUGAGACAUUUUACUUGUGCAUGAAAAGUAUUAGUGGACACACUAAGAAAAGUCUAGAAAAGUAGGAAAGCAGAAACUGCUGGAGGUACAUUUUACAACUAAUUAGGUUAACUGACAACAGGUCAUUAAUGUGAUUGGGUAUAAAAAGAACAUCUUAGAGAGGCAGAGUUUAUCAGAAGUAAAGAUGGGCAGAGGUUAACCAAUCUGCAAAAAACUGCAUCUACAAAUUGUGGAAAAAGUUCUGAAAAAGUUCUUCAACAUAAAACUGUGAAGAGGGCUAUCUCAUCAUCUACAGUACAUAAUAUCCAAAGAUUCAGACCAUCUGGAGGAAUCUCUGUGCGCAAGGGAUGAGGCUGAUAGUCAGUACUGGAUGGCUGUGAUCUUUGGGUCCUCAGGCAUCGCUGCAUAAAAGCAGCCAUGAUGCUGUCAAGGAAACCUCAUGGGCUCAGGAGCACAUCCAGAAAUUGUUGUCUGUAAACAGAGUUUACGGUGCCAUCUGAAAAUCUAGGUUGAAGCCUGAUCAGGCAAAGAUGAAGCCAUAAGUGGACAUGAUCCAGAAACACUUCUGUCUUCUCCGGUGCUGGCUUCUUUAGAUUGACAUACGCUCCACGUCUGUUUCGUGGAAGGAAAACAAAGACGCUAAACUGCAAACUGCAGCUAUUAAAACUAGAGAUGGACCGAUCC